AUGACGAAUAUGGCGGAGGAUAAAACAAGUAUAAGCAAGGUACAUUCUGAAUUCAGCAAUUCCUCGAAUACCACUGGAUCUGAAGAGGAGAGUCGGUCGCAUCAAGAGAGCUUCGACGGCGAGUCCAGUUCCGGUGAAAGUAAAAGUAAAAGCAAACUAAAUCUUGAAUAUUCUGCAGAUAUCGAGCCAUUGAAGUUCAGAAUGACAAAAACUAAUAAUACAAAUGACAAAUUAAAAUAUAGUAACAACGGCAACGCCACUGAUUCAUUUAUGAGACUAAAGGAACAUUUACAGAGAGGCAAUACUUUAAAUUCGAAUCUUAGGGUCAAUGAGUUUUACCCUUUCAAUUCCAUUGAUACAGAGCAAUUUGAAAACUAUUUGAGAGAGCCAAAAUACAUUAAAAUGUUGAAACGUCGGAAAAACCUGAAACAAUUUAGAAGAUUGUUUCUCGCGCAAGAACUAAUGGCCUACGAAGGUGAAACGGUUACCUCCACUUCCAAAUCAUCUGAACCAACCUCUAAAGCUAUAUGGAGUACAAAGUUUAGCCGCGAUGGAAAAUUUAUGGCCACUGGUAGCAAAGAUGGUAAAAUAAGAAUAUGGAAAGUUAUUGGCUCUCCAGUUGAAAGAGCCGAAUUGGACUCGAGUGCGGAAUCAAAUAAAGAGGCACGAGCCAAGUCGAUGCGGAUCAAACAGCAGGUCAGUUCAUUGAACAAUCCAAAAGAAAAACAAUUUUUGGAUUCUGCUACAGAGAAAUACGAAGAGAAGGAAAAAUUAUUGAAUUUGUAUGCGCCUGUCUUUCACCCAACGCCUUUGCGACUGUAUAAAGAACACGUGCAAGAUGUUCUGGAUAUAAAUUGGUCUAAAAAUAAUUUUAUUUUGUCAGCAUCGAUGGAUAAGACAGUAAAACUAUGGCAUCCCGAUAGGAAAAAUUCACUUAAGACAUUCAUACAUCCUGAUUUUGUCACUUGUGUGGAAUUUCACCCCACCGACGAUAGAUUUUUCAUUAGCGGCUGUCUGGAUCACAAAUGCAGGUUAUGGUCUAUACUGGAUGAUGAAGUUAGCUUUGAGUACGAUUGUCAAGACUUAAUAACAUCUGUUACAUUAUCCCCUGAGGAGGGAAAAUACACUAUAAUAGGAACAUUUAAUGGAUACGUUCAUAUUCUGAUGACCAGAGGUCUCACUCCAGUUUCUUCAUUUCACGUAGCUGAUAGACAAACACAAGAACAAAACGCUCACGUCAUGGUCACGGAAACUGACUCAAAAAUUCGUCAUGGUCCACGUGUGACGGGUUUGCAAGCUUUUAGAUCUCAACUGGACAAUUCUUUCCGCUUAGUAGUUACAUCGAAUGAUUCGAGGAUAAGAAUUUUUGACUUAGAACAGAGGAAGCUUCUAGAGGUAUUGAAAGGCUUCCAUAGCGGAUCUUCCCAACACAAGGCACAAUUGUCCAUCUGGCAUGGUCAGCCAAUCGUUGUAAAUAGUAGUGAUGACCAUUGGGUUUACGGCUGGAGGUUAAAGUCUUCGGAUAGAGAGAAUGAUCAAGACGAACCUAAAAGGAAACCAAAGGGAUUGGCUCGGUCCGGAAGUUUGAGAAGCAUAUUUAGUAAAUCAAUGAGUAGGUCUUCCAGCCAGAAUAACGAAGAAAAACCACAUCAUCAUUUAAAACUUACUAACUUACUUCCCUUGCCUCAUCAUAGCAACGAUCAUUAUAUCAAAAAUACGGAUUACAUUUCUUUUCAUGCACACAAUGCCCCUGUUACUUGUGUUAGCAUUGCACCGCCAGAAACUUCGAAAACAUUAUCUUUGUCUAACGAUGUUAUCUGCGAGCUAUCUCUAGAGUUUUUUCAGACAUCCGAUAGUUUCGAUGUUUUGAGUCGGAGUAACGACGAUGGCAUAAUGUCAGAUGUAGAGUCGUCUUUGGGCUACAAUUCUAAACCAGGCUCAAUUUCUAAUGCUUCCGCCACCAGUGCUAUCCCAGAUGUCGUUGACGCAAUUGGAACGAUAUUGAUCAGUACUGAUAACGUAGGGACUAUUCGUGUGUUUAGAGCAGAUAUGCCCUCUGUUAUAAGAAAGCGCGUGUUACUCAAACUAGAAGAAUACAAUAGAGAGGUUCGGAGAAGGUUUAACAGUUCUGAUUCUUUGCAUUCUUUGAGUCGAAGCUUCAACUCGAGAGCGAAAUCAAACUUGGCUGGCCAACCGGCAGCGGCGUAUACUAAUACUGGAAAAGGCUAUGCAACGGGACGUGGAUACUCUAAUAUAUGUCCCAAAAGCAGUACAUCACUAAAAACACUCGGCAGUAAUGCACAGCCAAGAACACCAAGGGAAAGCAUGUCAUCUAUUUUCUCCAAUGCACAUGGGCCUACCACUCCAACGAGCGCAAUGAAUUUACCUAUCCGUUGCAAUGUUUGUAACGGUUCAAGGUUUGAGGCUUUUUCUGGUGCUAAUGACCAACAAGAUAGAAACUAUUAUUGCGUAGACUGCGGUACAGUAGUUAAUAACUUCCGCUAA